AUGUCACGACAACAACGGGUCGCGUGCCUUCUUUUCCGCGUUUCAAAGCAGCGCAGAAAGUGCCGCCGUGUCAACACUUUUCCCGGAGAAAAGAUACGCUUUUUGCAGAAAAGGAAGCGAAAGAGGUCGCACACGACACGAAUACGCAUCAUGCGCGAGAACAACAACACCACCACCGCGUCGCUCGCAGAACGAGUCAAACGCGCCAUCCAAUCGCGGAGAAAAUUCAUCGUCGAGAAGAAAAACGAGCUCGGGGAGAAAUCCUUCCGGAGACUUCUCGAAACGGAUUUACGCCUGAGCAAACGACAGUUGGACGAACCGACGGUGAAAGAGACCAUCGGGAAACUGCUCCUCGAAGUGAUUGAACGUGGAACGCUCGAGGAGGAGGACGAUUUGGAGGAGGAGUCGGAGGAGGACGAGUAUUCGGAGGAGGACGACGAAGACGACCAGGCAAAGGUGUUGGUAAAAAGGAAGCGAAAGAAGUCAGAGAAGCAACCAACUCGCGAGAGGAAGACGGAAACGGAAACGCCGAACGCGAAAGUUUCGAAACUUCGCAAACUGUGCAAAGAUGCCGGAAUUACGAAAGCGACGCACGUGUUCAUGAAGUUUAAAACGAAUUUGGAGCGAGAGGAUGCGUUGGAGAAGUUGCUCGGGGAACGCGCGUUGGAUAUUCGCGCGACGGCGCGAGAGUUGGCGAAAGUCAAGGAGGACAUCGAACGGGAAAAAGAUCUGGAGGAUAUCGACGCGUCGAAUAUUAUCGAAGGUGGGAGACGAAGGAACACGAGGACGCAGGUGAGUUAUAAAGGUUUGGACGCGUCAGAGAGCGAGGAAGAGGAGGAAGAGGAGGAAGAGAGCGACGUGGAGAUUGAGAGCGACUCGGACGAGGAACGGAAGAAGUUAAAGAAGAAGAAGAAGAAAGAGAAGAAGACUUUGAAGAAAAAGAGUAGCUCUGAUAGUAAUACGAACAACACUAGGCCCAAAAGUAACUUGAAAAAGACGCAGAAGAGUGCGUCGCCGAAGGCGUUCACCGCGGCGAGUUCGAGCGAUGAUGACGAAUGA